CAGGCUGUGGCUGGUAUGGCAGCAGCUCCAUGAUUAUCACGGACUUGGACUCCUGUCUUGCUGUUCUGCCAUCCUUAGCAUGCUGCCUCAUGGUUGAGAUGGCUGCUUUAAUUCCAGAUGCCACCUGCUCAUAGCAAGAGACACAGAAUGUCCCUGGCUGCUUACUGUGUCAUCUGCUGCAGAAGAAUGGGAACCUCAACUUCUCCGCCAAAAAGCAACACGUACUGGAGAGAUAUCAGAAAUAUAAUAAAGUUUACUGGAUCACUUAUUUUAGGAGGUUCUUUAUUUAUUACAUAUGAAGUUCUGGCCCUGAAGAAGUCUUUGACAUUAGAUACUCAAGUGGUAGAAAGAGAGAAAAUGAAGUCAUAUAUAUACGUGCACACAGUUUCUUUAGAUAAAAGAGAAAAUCCUGGAAUCACCUACCAGGCAAGAAAAGAGCUUCACAAAGCAGUAAGAAAAGUAUUGGCAACAUCAGCCAGGAUGUUACGGGGCCCAUUUGCUGACACUUUUAGCACAGUUGAUGUAGAAGAUCAUGAGUGUGCUGUGUGGCUGCUCCUGAAGAAGAGCAGGUCCGAGGACAGAGCCGCGCGACUGCAGGCUGUGCAGGAGAUGUCAGAGACCCACCACUGGCAAGAUUACCAGUAUAGGAUAAUUGCUCAAGCCUGUGAUCUGAGAACUCUUACUGGUUUGGCACGAAGCAAAGAGAGUGAUCUUCGUUUUUUUCUCCGCCCGCCUCCUUUGCCAUCUUUAAAAGAAGAUUCUUCCAUUGAAGAAGAGCUCAGACAGUUGCUGGCUUCUCUACCUCAAACAGAGCUUGAUGAGUGUAUCCGGUAUUUUACAUCUUUGGCUCUGAGUGAAAGCAGUCAGAGUCUCGCUGCUCAGAAGGGUGGAUUAUGGUGUUUUGGAGGAAAUGGGCUUCCUUAUGCUGAAAGUUUUGGAGAAGUUCCUUCAGCUACAGUGGAAAUGUUCUGUUUAGAAGCUUUAGUAAAACAUUCUGAGAUACCCACACACUGUGAUAAAAUUGAAGCAAAUGGAGGCUUGCAACUACUUCAGAGGCUGUACCAACUUCACAAGGACUAUCCUAAAGUACAAAGAAAUAUAAUGCGUAUCCUUGGAAAUAUGGCUUUGAAUGAACAUCUUCAUUCUGCUAUAGUUCACUCAGGCUGGGUAUCCAUACUGGCAGAAGCAAUGAAGUCUCAGCACAUUAUGGAGGCCUCACAUGCCGCCAGGACGCUGGCUAAUCUAGACCGAGAGACUGUGCGAGAUAAAUACCAGGACGGGGUGUACGUGCUGCACCCCCAGCACCGCACGAGUCAGCCCAUUAAAGCAGAUGUCCUUUUUAUUCACGGCCUUAUGGGAGCAGCAUUCAAAACGUGGCGCCAGCAGGACAAUGAUCAGGAUUUAACUGAAAACAUUUCAGAGGAUGAAACCAAGUACACAACCUGUUGGCCCAAGUCAUGGUUAGCAAGCGACUGUCCUGCUCUCCGAAUUAUAUCUGUGGAGUAUGACACCAGCCUUAGUGACUGGAGAGCAAGGUGUCCUAUGGAAAGAAAGUCCAUUGCAUUCAGGAGCAACGAACUUCUUAGGAAGCUCAGAGCUGCUGGUGUUGGGGAUAGGCCAGUGGUCUGGGUAUCACAUAGCAUGGGAGGUCUUCUUGUUAAAAAGAUGCUGUUGGAAGCCUCUAAGAAGCCAGAAAUGAAUACUAUUAUAAACAAUACCAGAGGAAUCAUUUUUUAUAGUGUCCCUCACCAUGGAUCCCAUCUGGCUGAAUACUCUGUGAAUAUUCGCUAUCUUCUCUUUCCCUCUUUGGAAGUCAAAGAGCUCAGCAAAGAUUCUCCUGCACUUAAAACACUACAGGAUGACUUUCUGGAGUUUGCGAAAGACAAAAAUUUCCAGGUGCUGAGUUUUGUAGAGACACUACCAACCUAUAUCGGUAGCAUGAUUAAGCUCCAUGUGGUGCCCCUGGAAUCAGCAGAUUUAGGCAUUGGAGAUCUAAUUCCUGUGGAUGUGAACCAUUUGAACAUUUGUAAGCCAAAGAAAAAGGAUGCUUUUUUGUACCAGCGUACCUUACAAUUCAUCCGUGAUGCUUUAGCCAAAGACCUGGAAAACUGACAGUUGUCUUCUUCCAUUUUCAUACGUGAACACAGUGCAAGAAACGUGGUAUUCUCUUUCUCUUUUUAAGCUCUAAGCAAUCAUGCAGACAUAGUCACUGUGGCAUCAUUGUGGCCUGGAGUAUGUUGCAGGCAACAAAAUAUUGUUCUGUAAAACACAAACACAGCACAGAAGUGGCAAUCGGAGAAUGAAGGGCUAAACUGGAUUCUUUUGAUUUAAAAGAACCUCCCUGUGUGCCAGGUUAUGUUCGGCAGUGUCCCUGGUGACGAGGAGCAAACUACUGUGGGGUAGAGAAUGUGACCUGUGACUUUUGUCAUCUGUGCCUGUCCAUGGCUUAUGCUGGGAGGAGCACUGAUGGCUUCUGAAGGGAGAGCCAUCGCCAACUUACCAUAAAAAUGCCUUUUGGAGAGCACCUGUAAUGGAGAGAGAAUGAACUAGAACAUAAAAGACUCUGUUUUGGG